AAGCCUUUGGCUUUCAUUUUCCCUUAUCCACUAACAACCAUGAAUUUUGGCACCAAUAAUUUCCUCUCAUCCCCUCCUUCUUCAAUCUUCCCUUUUAUCCGACGUCUUCCCCCUCAUCCCAAUUUCAAGGUUGUUCGGAAUUCGAUGAGAGAAACCGCUGAAGUUAAGAAGUUACUAGAACCGGAAAAAGCUCAACUGCUAUUAGCUGCUUGCAUUACUCGUACUUUGACUCCUGCGUUGACUUUGGAUUCUGGCCUUGACAAAAUUAAAAAUGCCGUUGAGGAUUUGAAGCAAAAGCCUAAGCUUGCAGAUAAUGUUACUGCUGGAAUGUACAGAUUUCAGAUUGCUGUGUCACCUGGUCCAAAAGCAUUGAGUUGGUUCUGUAGUCAAGAUCCAUCAUUAGGAGUAUAUCCUCAGUUUUUUAUUACUACGGGGGUUGAGAAUCCAACCAAUAAGGUUCUUUCGUUUAGUCGAACUCGUGGUAUUUUCGGGCUCGGUGCUGCGGUUUACAUUAAAAGUUCUUUUUGCCCCGGUUCAGCAGAUCAGACACCUUUUAGAAGAUAUCCGUCUGUUGAUUCUGCACAUCUGAUGGCUUAUGGUUUAUAUGAAAAUCAAUCAAUUUACAUGUGUAUUCCCCAGAUAGAAUUAAUGGAGUCUGAUGGGUACUCCAUAUUAACUGCCACACUUGCAUGGGAUGAGUCUUCCAUUUGUGCAUAUGAAGAGGCUUUUGAUGUUAUAAUCAAUCUUAUUACAGCCCUUGUAAGGCCUAUUGAAGAUGAAUGUCCGGACAAAUGUGUUAGUGCUGUAUUAAGAAAGUUCAACAUGGUUGGGGAUGAAUAUGCACGAAUGGUAUAUACAGAAGCUCAUUUGCUGAGCAAUAAUAGCCAUGAACACGUGGAACUGAAAGAUGCUUCAUCAUCCUCUCAGUUCUCUCUUAGACUUUCAGUUAGUCUCGCCAUCUCCAGUAACAUGCUGGAUGAGUUGCAGGAUGUUAGUAGUGCCUUAAAAGGAUCUUCGAACAUCAAUUCCUUGUGGGCAUCACUAAUGAUUGAAGAAUGCUAUAGACUUGGUUUGACGUAUUUUUGUAUAGCUCCUGGAUCACGCUCCUCUCCUCUAGCCAUUGCUGCUACUUGUCAUCCUAUGUUAAGUUGUACCGCAUGCUACGAUGAGCGGUCACUUGCAUUCCAUGCAAUUGGGUAUGCUAGAGGCUCUCGCAAGCCAGCUGUUGUUAUAACGUCAUCUGGCACUGCAGUUUCAAAUCUUCUACCUGCUGUAGUGGAGGCUUAUCAAGAUUCUUUGCCUCUUCUAUUGCUCACAGCAGAUCGCCCUCCUGAGCUGCUGGAUGCUGGAGCCAACCAAGCAAUUAAUCAGGUGAACCAUUUUGGUUCUUUUGUGAGGCACUUUUUCAGCCUUCCUGUACCCACAGACAUUAUUUCUACUAGAAUGGUUCUUACCACAUUUGACUCUGCUGUAUAUCAUGCAACUUCUUCACCAUGUGGGCCAGUUCAUAUCAAUUGUCCUUUUCGGGAACCUCUAGAAAAUACACCGAAAGAAUGGAGUCAAAGCUGUUUAAAAGGAUUAGAAUUUUGGGUUUCUAGUGGUCAACCAUUUACAAAUUAUAUUCAACCUCAUAAUUCUCUUGUACAUAGAAAUUAUCAGGGUGGUUUAAAUGAUGUCUUGGGUAUAAUUCAAGGGGCAAAACGUGGUAUAUUGUUGGUUGGUGCAAUUUUUAAGGAGGAUCAUAUAUGGGCAACUCUACUCUUGGCUAAACACCUUGGAUGGCCGGUUGUAGCUGAUAUUUUGUCAGGUUUACGGUUGAGAAAGUAUAAAAACGCUCUUUCUAAACUCAGUGAGGGCAUUAUGUUUAUUGAUCAUCUGGAUCAUUCCCUACUGUCUUCUGAAGUCAGAAACUGGAUAAAACCAGAUGUUAUUUUGCAGAUUGGAAGCCGGACAACAAGCAAACGUAUUUCACAGAUGCUUGAAGAUUGCUUUCCAUGCUCAUAUAUAUUGGUUGAUAAUCAUCCUCAUCGUCAUGAUCCGUCACAUAUAAUAACACAUAGGAUUUAUAGUUCUAUCACUCAUUUUACUGAUUGGGUGCUGAGAUCCUGCAUAAAGACUUGCAUCAACAGCGACUGGACCAGUUUCAUGUGGUCAAUAAACAGAAUGGUUGACUGGGAGGUAUCCUUUUUGAUAAAGUCGGAAAACUCGUUGACUGAACCAUAUGUUGCGCACAUAACUUCUGAAGCUCUGAACUAUGGAUCUACAAUAUUUGUAGGAAAUAGCAUGCCAAUACGAGAUGCACAUAUGUAUGGGGAUAACUCGGGAGAAUCUACAUGUGGCAAUGACAUUCAAUUAACUUCAGGAUUUCCAUUUUGGUGGGUACAGGUUGUGGGGAACCGGGGAGCCAGUGGUAUAGAUGGUUUACUUAGUACUGCCAUUGGUUUUGCUGUGGGCCAUAACAAAAAAGUUGUUUGUGUGAUUGGAGAUGUCUCGUUUUUGCAUGAUACUAAUGGACUAGCACUUCUGAAACAAAGGGUUUCAAGGAAGCCAAUGAUCAUACUUGUGAUUAACAACCAUGGUGGUGGAAUUUUUAGUCUUCUACCCAUUGCAAAUAAAGCUGAAGAAAAAAUAUUGAACCAAUAUUUUUACACUACUCAUAAUGUUGGAAUUCACAACCUGUGUUUAGCACAUGGAGUGAAGCAUGUGCAAGUCCACACAAAAGACGAGCUUCAAAAUGCUAUGCUAAAAAGUCAACAGGAAGAAGUUGACUGUGUCAUAGAAGUCGAGAGUUCUAUCAGCGCCAAUGCAAACUUUCACAGUAAUCUGAGAGAUUUUGCAUGUCAGGCUGCUUUAUCCGCCAUUUCACAACUCUCGUUUCCUAGCUCUUUCUCACAAGAUUCUAUGUCUCUUAAAGUCCAUAAACUGGAAUAUUUCCAGUACAGGAUUCAACUUUGUGCUCCGCUGACCACAAAUCCUAUUGGUAAUGACCAUUCCACACAUUACAGAGAAGGCUAUGUACUAACUUUGUAUCUUGAAGAUGGAAGUACAGGAAUUGGGGAGGUAGCACCUCUAGGGAUUAACAGGGAAAAUCUGGUGGAUGCAGAGGAGCAGCUUCAGUUUCUUACUCAUAUUAUCAAAGGAGCUUCCCUUAAUUCAUCCCUUCCUCUUUUAAAGGAAUCAUUCUCUUCUUGGAUAUGGACUGCAUUAGGAAUCCCACCAGGUUCACUUCUUCCUAGUGUUAGAUGUGGUCUGGAGAUGGCCAUUCUCAAUGCUAUAGCUGCAUCAGAAGGUUCUAGUAUGUUAAAUAUACUCCAUCCAUUGUCCUCUAAAGAAGAACGGGCUGGAAAGUCAUCCGAUAUUAAGAUAUGUGCACUUAUCGACUCUGAUGGAACUCCUGCGGAAGUAGCUUGUGUUGCAGUUGCACUCGUCGAAGAGGGUUUUACCGCAAUUAAACUAAAAGUGGCACGUAGAGCCAAUCCCAUUGAAGAUGCUUUAGUAAUUCAAGAGAUAAGGAAGAAGGUUGGUUUCCAUAUUCAACUUCGUGCUGAUGCGAACAGGAAAUGGUCCUUUGAUGAAGCUCUUCAGUUUGGCCGUAAUGUGAAAGACUCCGCACUGCAGUAUAUUGAGGAACCUGUAAAUGAUGAAGAUGAUAUAAUUAAAUUUUGUGAAGAGAGUGGCCUGCCUGUAGCCCUGGAUGAGACCAUCGACAAUCUUCAGGAAAAUCCUCUUCAAAUUCUUGCUAGAUUCUCGCACCACAGAAUUGUUGCUGUGGUUAUUAAACCGAGCUUUGUUGGUGGGUUUGAAAAGGCUGCAUUCAUUGCAAGAUGGGCUCAGCAACAGGGGAAAAUAGCUGUCAUCAGUUCUGCGUUUGAAAGUGGAUUAGCUUUAUCAGCAUAUGUUCAAUUUUCUUGUUUUGUUGAAAUGCAAAAUGAAGAUAUACGCAGAAUCAUGGAUAUCGAACCAGCAUCAUCGGUGGCCCAUGGUCUUGGAACGUUCAGAUGGCUCAAAGAAGACAUAAUCACUGAGUCAUUGUGUAUUAGCCAGGGUAAAACAUCUGUUUUUGAUGCUGGUCAGAAAUUGCGCGAGUUCAAUAUCAAUCAGAAUUCAGUAAUCCGAAGUUUUAAAGCCGAGGAAGUAUGGAAUUACAAAUUAAACGUGGAUGUAGAGGGUAUAACCUUUUCCAUAAAUGUGCAAGAACUUGGAGACAAAACAAAUAAUAACGUUGUCGUAUUUCUUCAUGGCUUCCUUGGGACUAGCGAAGAUUGGGUUCCCAUAAUGAAGACUAUGUCAGCGUCUUCAAGAUGCAUUGCAUUUGACCUUCCUGGUCAUGGGGGUUCAACGUUUCAUGCCAAUGAUUACGUGGCUCGGGGAGUUGAUUUGUCAGUUAAUGUAGUUGCAGCCAUGCUAGACAAGCUGUUUCUUCUUCUAACCACUAGAAAAGUCACAGUUGUUGGAUACUCCAUGGGAGCAAGAAUCACUUUAUAUAUGGCUGUGAGAUGCAGCAAUAUGGUCAAAGGAGUAGUCAUAAUAUCUGGAAGCCCUGGAAUAGAUGAUGACGUGCUGAGAAAUGUUCGGAGUGUUAAAGAUGAUUUUUUGGCAAGCACACUAUCAUCCUAUGGCCUAGAUAUAUUCAUCGAAACAUGGUAUUCUGGAGAGUUAUGGCAAAGCUUAAGAAGCCAUCCACGGUUUGAUCAGAUGGUUGCUAGCCGCUUGAAACAUGAUAACGUGAAGAUGCUAGCGAAAGCUGUAUCUGACCUUAGUAUCGGAAGACAACCGUCAUUGUGGGAAGAUCUAAAGCACAACAAAACCCCACUUACGAUUAUUGUUGGAGAGAAAGAUGAUAAAUAUAAGAGGAUUGCUCAUAGCAUGUACUUAAAACUUGCUGAGGGUACUGCAACAAUACAUGGUUCUGUCAAACCUUCGUUUACAAUGGUCGAGAUUCCUAACUGUGGGCAUGCUGUCCAUAUCGAGAAUCCACUCCCUGUAAUCCACUCAAUAGCAGAUUUUGUAGCAAGCCUAAACGUGCUCGAUAAUUAACAGAGUUUAGCUGGGUUGAGCAAAUUUAGGGGAAUUGUUUGGCAAAUUAAUUACGGCAUUCUGAAACAGUGAAACGUAUGUACUAUGUUUAGAAUAUGUAUGACCGAGAUCUGUGCACUUGCUUGAUAUCCUUUUGGUAUACUAAUAAAGUGAAAUAUUCAUUUGAAAACUAAA